AUGGAGUCCGCAUCACCGGCCUCUUUUCCAUUUUCUCACCCCAAUUUGGUCAUGAGAUCAUUUUCUGGGCAUGGGGCAGCAGCCAUAGAAGAGAAUAAGCCAACCCCAGUGAACGUGAAGAAAAAAGGCAAUUUCAAUCCCACAAAGUACUUCGUGGAGGAAGUGGUAACGGGGGUUGAUGAAACUGAUCUUCAUAGGACAUGGAUCAAGGUGAUGGCUACAAGGAACACCAGAGGUAGAAGUUCAAGGCUUGAGAACAUGUGUUGGCGCAUUUGGCAUCUUACCCGCAAAAAGAAACAGUUGGAAUCGGAGGAUUUCAAAAGGUUAGCGAACUGGAGGUGGGAACGAGAACAGGGACGCAAGGAUGUGACCGAGGACAUGUCUGAAGAUUUGUCUGAAGGAGAGAAAGGAGAUGGUCUAGGAGAGCUUGGGGUCGACAGCGCCCAGAAAAAGCUCCAACGGAACUUCUCCAAUAUCGAAGUAUGGUCUGACAAUAAAAAGGAGAAGAAGCUUUAUAUCGUCCUCAUUAGUUUACAUGGAUUGGUCCGAGGGGAAAAUAUGGAGCUAGGUCGUGAUUCUGAUACUUGCGGUCAGAUUAAAUAUGUUGUAGAACUUGCUCGAGCACUGGCUAAGAUUGCCAUGUGUAUAUAG